AACAAACCGAUUACUCAAGCAUGUUCCGUGAUUGUCUUUCUAAGUUAAAGGCGUGUCUGUGAAAGAAAAGAAAGAUGAAGAUCCAUCUGCACCAGUUGUCAUCCUGUUAACCGUUGAGGAGUCACUAUUUGGCUCCUUGGGUGAGAUCCUAGAAAGGCAACCAGUUUAUUGGGGGUUUCAGAAGGAUAGGAAUCCUCUUAAAGGCGAGGUUCCGAAGAAGUUGAACGCUUUUACUAGAUCACUUCUCCUGCGCUCUGACAAAGUGCUAUUGAAGUAUAAGAACACUAUAUAUGAUGGUCCUUCUGCUUAUCUAUACAGUUUAUAUGGAGUUGAUUGCAUUGAUAGCAUAUUCCUUCCGUCUGUUGAUAAUGAACAAUUUUUUGAUGAUAACGUGAAAGUUCAAAUCAUGCUCAGAGGCAUUGGAGUCGAUUAUAUUCUAGAAGGUUUUGAUGAUGCAAGCUUCGAAGACACCAUUAAGACUCGGACUAGGGACGAGUUGAAAAGAAUGGAUAAGAUUUUUGAGGUUAUCUUGGAUCACUGGAGAAAGAGCCUGCAUGAAAACUCAGUGUUCUGCCAAAAAAACAUACAGCCGUUCUAUGGCGAUUGAAAAGGAGAUAAAACUCUAUAUUUGGGGUCACAAGAACGGAAGUAGCAAACAAACUAAUGAGGUAAAAUCCCUGGUAGAUUUUUACAUAGUUAAAGAUUCACA